AUGUACAAGAUCAACCAUUUCGAUAAGGACAUCAACGAUUCUCUGAAUGAAUAUUCAACGAAACACAAUCUUCCAACGAUCCUGACCAGUCAUUUAAAUAUAUCAUUACUCGCACAGAAGCGAAGAUUCAAAGAGGCACAUCAGCAGUUCCAGGUGAUGACAGACAAGCGACCACGCACCUAUCAGGUGGCGACGGAGCUAUUCCUCCAGAAACACUCUUAUUCCAAGUUGGUGGCGAGCCGAUUGCGAUUCAUUUGGGUAGAGCCAACACUUGAGGAUCUCGAAUGGUAUCUCGGUAUUUCAUUGAGCUACAACCAAGUCAAUCAAUUCACUCUGUCGUUGGUGACAGCUGCACUCGCCAAGGACAGCGGUAACUCGAAAAUCGGUCAGUCGAUAAUCAAACAGUAUGUCGCACGAGAGAAUCAGGUACUUACAAACGACGGUCAAUGGAAUGUAUUUAGUCGACUCAUGAAAGCACUGCCAAAUGAGAAGGAACAAAUUCAGUUCUUUAAGCACAUAAGCCAACAUCAAUUGAACACAUCGGACUUGAAAUUAGAACUACCAUUUAAACUCAAUGAAAACACUCAAGAUAUCAACGAAUUACUCACAGAUACAACCACUUCAAAUCAAACCAACAACAAAACAACAACACCACCACUUUCACCAUCAACUAUAAAUUAUAUUACCGACAACUUUAUUAACCAUAAAGUGAUUCAUUGUGUUUCAAGUUAUAUUGGAUCAUAA